AUGGCUGCUGCGUUCCCUCAUCCCUUCGACCCUCUUAGGCCCGAGGAAAUCUCAAGAGCUUCGAGAGUCGUCCGCCCGCACUUUGGGGGGCAAGACCCUAACUUUCGGGUCGUCACCCUUCUGGAGCCAUCCAAGAAGCAGAUGAUCCCCUACCUCGAGAAGGAGCACCACAAGCAGCCCGUAGGGCAGGCUCCGACCCGUUAUGCCCGGGUUGAGGUAGUCGUGAAAGGAAGGGGCAACGACAAUCAGCUGUUCGAGCUCAUUGUCGAUCUUGACAAUGACAAGGUUGCCAGAAAGCAGCAUGUCAAGGGAAAACAUUCCUAUAUUGAUGCCGACUACAUGAAAGCCGUGGAAGCUGCCUGCCUGGCCAACGAGGAGGUGCAGGCUGAGAUCCGCACCCUCGACCUUCCUGCUGGGGCCACUGUCGUCGUUGAGCCAUGGGCCUACGCCACAGAUGGCAUGAACGAUAUGACUGAUCGAGUCACAAUGUGCUGGUUCUACCUCCGGUUGCUAGAGAGCCCCGAUGCCAACUACUACGCAUAUCCACUGGACGUCUGUGCUGAGGUUUCCGAGGCGCUCGAAGUCACCAAGGUCUAUCGCCUGCCGACCAAGCCGCACGAGAGGAUUAAUCACGAAAAAAAGCCAUUUGACCGCCGCAGAAUUCACUCGACUGCUGCAAGCGAAUACCACCCCCAGCUCAGGCCAAACCCGAGGACGACCACCAAGCCCUACCAGGUAGUACAGCCCGAGGGCCCGUCAUUCCUUAUUCAAGGCAACGAGGUCAAGUGGGAGAAAUGGAGCUUCAGAGUGGGCUUCAAUUAUCGAGAAGGUCUUACCCUGCACGAUAUCCGCUAUGAUGGCCGUAGCCUCUUCUAUCGCCUCUCUCUGGCCGAGAUGUUUGUGCCUUAUGGAGACCCACGUGCUCCCUAUCCUCGCAAGGCUGCAUUCGAUCUUGGUAACGAUGGUGCGGGUAUUAAUGCCAAUAACCUGCAGCUUGGUUGCGAUUGCCUCGGUAAAUGCUUGCCUAAGUCGUGCUCUAUGAUUGUCAAAACUAACCGGUGUCCUCUGCCUCGUCUAGGAACGAUCAAAUACUUCGACGCUUACCACAACACGCCAUCCGGAGAUCCCUUGAAAAUGCCCAACGUCGUCUGCUGUCACGAACAAGACGAUGGCAUCCUUUGGAAGCACACCAACUUCCGUACCCAGACUCCUGUCGUAACUCGCUCUCGCAUCCUCGUUUUACAGACAAUCAUCACUGUGAGCAACUAUGAGUAUAUAUUUGCCUGGCACUUCUGCCAGGAUGCCUCCAUCUUUUACGAGGUUCGUGCCACGGGUAUUCUAUCCACGGUGCCCUCCGAUAUCGAUAUCAAGGAGAAGAUUCCCUACGGAACUGUCGUGGCACCUGGCGUCCUAGCACCCUAUCACCAGCAUCUCUUCAGUCUCCGAAUCGACCCUGCAAUUGAUGGUCACUCCAAUUCAUUGGUUGUUGAGGAGUCGAAGGCCCUCCCAGUUGGCAACCCUGCUGUCCAUAACCCGUUCGGUGUGGGCUACGCCACGGAGAGUCAGAUCAUUGAGGAAGAGGGCGGCUUCGACCUCGAUUUCACCAAGAACCGCACCUUCAAGUUCGUCAAUGAGAACAAAAUAAACCCUAUCACGGGAACGCCUGUCGGGUUCAAACUCAUGCCCUUCUACAGUCAGAUGCUCUUGUCCCAUCCCGAUUCGUACCACGCAAAGCGCUCUGAAUUCUGCGAACAUGCCGUCUGGGUGACUCACUACGAGGACAAUGACCACUUCCCAGCCGGCAGGUACACCAUGCAAUCAACUGGUGGCGACGGAUUGGCCUCUGCUAUUGCAAAUCGCCGAGGCAAGGGAACAGCCCAGUCCGUCAGAGACCAGGAUAUUGUCAUUUGGCACACCUUUGGUUCAACCCACAACCCUCGCAUUGAGGACUGGCCUGUGAUGCCGAACGAGAAGCUCAUGGUCGGACUAAAGCCUGUCAACUUCUUCUCCGGGAACCCUGGCUUGGACGUUGCGGUCUCCACGCAGGAUAAGAACAAGAGUGUUUUGUACACUGGAGAGGAAACAAAGACCGCAGCAUGCUGCCACUCUCGCUUGUAA